AUGGACAGUGAGACAGAUGACUCACCAAUAUGGUCAGUGGCUUUAUAUGAGAACGUAUCCACAGACAAGACAGAUGACUCACCAAUAUGGUCAGUGACUUUAUAUGAGAACUCCACAGACAAGACAGAUGACUCACCAAUAUGGUCAGUGGCUUUAUAUGAGAACUUCUCCACAGACAAGACAGACGUCUCACCAAUAAGGUCAUUGACUUUAUAUGAGAACUUCUCCACAGACAAGACAGAUGACUUACCAAUAUGGUCAGUGGUUGUAUAUGAGAACUUCUCCACAGACAAGACAGAUGACUCACCAAUAUGGUCAGUGACUUUAUAUGAGAACUUCUCCACAGACAAGACAGAUGACUCACCAAUAUGGUCAGUGGCUUUAUAUGAGAACUCCACAGACAAGACAGAUGACUCACCAAUAUGGUCAGUGACUUUAUAUGAGAACUCCACAGACAAGACAGAUGACUCACCAAUAUGGUCAGUGGCUUUAUAUGAGAACUUCUCCACAGACAAGACAGACGUCUCACCAAUAAGGUCAUUGACUUUAUAUGAGAACUUCUCCACAGACAAGACAGAUGACUCACCAAUAUGGUCAGUGACUUUAUAUGAGAACUUCUCCACAGACAAGACAGAUGACUUACCAAUAUGGUCAGUGGUUGUAUAUGAGAACUUCUCCACAGACAAGACAGAUGACUCACCAAUAUGGUCAGUGACUUUAUAUGAGAACUUCUCCACAGACAAGACAGAUGACUCACCAAUAUGGUCAGUGGCUUAUAUGAGAACUUCUCCACAGACAAGACAGAUGACUCACCAAUAUGGUCAGUGA